GUACUGAUGAACGGAGACAGAUCGCAUAUAUGGCUGGUUUUGGCUGCAGCAAAUUUAAUACAACAGGCUGUAAGUUCAGAGGAAUUCAUAAUCAGAAGACAUUUGAACCCUCAAGAAUUUAUGACUGUAAAUGAAAUUCUCCAUUAUUGGGGGUAUCCCAGUGAAGAGUAUCAAAUCCUGACAGAGGAUGGCUAUUACUUGACAGCAAAUAGAAUCCCUUAUGGAAGAAACAAUCCUGUGAAGCCAGGUCUGAGGCCUGCUGUGCUGCUAGUACCUGGUUUGGUGAUUGAGGGUAGAGAAAUUAUUGCAAAUCUUCCCAAUAAUAGCUUGGGAUUUGUUCUAGCAGAUGCUGGCUAUGAUGUCUGGAUAAUUAAUAACAGAGGGACCACCUGGUCUAGAAAACAUCAGAAUCUGACCAUUGAUCAAGAAGAAUUCUGGGAUUUCACUUUUCAUGAAAUGGCAAUUUAUGACCUUCCAGCAACCAUAAACUUUAUCUUGCAGAAGACUCAUCAAGAAGGAUUGUAUAUUAUUGGCCACUCUCAGGGUGCUUCAUUGGGUUUCAUUACUUUUACAGUCAUGCCACAACUUGCUAAAAAAGUUAAGCUCCUCAUGUGUCUUGCUCCUGGCUACACAUUUGUGGGCAUGAAGGGGCCUCUUUCAGUACUCCUCAGUCUCCCUGAAGGACUCAUAAGAAUUGCUAAAUCAAAAGAAUUCAAAUAUUUUGACUAUGGAUCUAAGAAUGAAGCAAUAUAUAAUAUGAGCACCCCUCCAUUUUAUAGGAUAGAAGAUAUGGCUGUGCCAACAGCUGUGUGGAGUGGUGGAAAAGACAUUAUUGAAGAUCAGAAGGAUAUCAAACUGUUGCUUCCCCGAAUCACUCACUUGGUUUUCUAUAAGAAUAUUCCCAGCUGGCAACAUCUGGAUUUUAUCUGGGGUCUGGAUGCCCCUGAAAGCCUGUAUACUGAUAUGCUUUGUCUGAUGCAAAAGUUCAAAUAAAGCUGUCCUACAAGGGGCAGCCAAUA